AGCUCGCAGGAGGCAUGGCGGGGGCGCGGGCCAGGCGGGGCCCCGGGCUGCUGACGCUGUCUGCCAUCGGCUUCUGCCUGAUGCUGCAAGUCAGCGCCAAGAGGCCCCCCAAGACGCCCCCCUGCCCGCCCAGCUGCUCCUGCACCAGGGACACCGCCUUCUGCGUGGACUCCAAGGCGGUGCCCAGGAACCUGCCUUCGGAGGUCAUCUCCCUGACGCUGGUGAAUGCCGCCUUCUCAGAGAUCCAGGAAGGAGCGUUCUCCCACCUGCCGCUGCUACAGUUCCUGUUACUCAACUCCAACAAGUUUACGCUGAUUGGAGACAACGCCUUCACAGGACUGUCGCACCUGCAGUACCUCUUCAUCGAGAACAACGACAUCUGGGCACUAUCCAAGUACACCUUCCGAGGGCUCAAGUCCCUGACACACCUUUCACUGGCCAACAACAACUUGCAGACACUGCCCAGAGACAUCUUUCGGUCCCUGGACAUCCUGAAUGACUUGGACCUGCGGGGCAACUCGCUCAACUGCGACUGCAAGGUGAAGUGGCUGGUGGAGUGGCUGGCACACACCAACACCACGGUGGCGCCCAUCUACUGCGCCAGCCCACCCCGCUUCCAGGAGCACAAGGUGCAGGACCUGCCCCUGCGGGAGUUCGACUGCAUCACCACGGAUUUCGUGCUGUACCAGACCCUGCCGUUCCCAGCAGUGUCGGCGGAGCCCUUCCUGUACUCCAGCGACCUCUAUCUGGCUCUGGCCCAGCCAGGGGUCAGUGCCUGCACCGUCCUCAAGUGGGACUAUGUGGAACGGCAGCUGCGAGACUAUGACAGAAUCCCAGCCCCCUCGGCGGUGCACUGCAAGCCCAUGGUGGUGGACAGUCAGCUGUAUGUGGUCGUGGCCCAGCUGUUUGGUGGCUCUUACAUUUACCACUGGGAUCCCAACACUACGCGCUUCACCAAGCUGCAGGACAUCGACCCGCAGUGUGUGCGCAAGCCCAACGACCUAGAGGCCUUCCGCAUUGACGGCGACUGGUACUUUGCCAUGGCUGACAGCUCCAAGGCGGGUGCCACCAGCCUCUACCGCUGGCACCAGAAUGGCUUCUACUCCCACCAGGCCCUGCACGCCUGGCACCGUGACACUGACCUUGAGUUCGUGGACGGCGAGGGCAAACCACGGCUGAUUGUGUCUAGCAGCUCCCAGGCGCCCGUCAUCUACCAGUGGAGUCGCACCCAGAAGCAGUUUGUGGCCCAGGGAGAGGUGACCCAGGUGCCUGACGCCCAGGCUGUGAAACACUUCCGUGCCGGCCGGGACAGCUACCUGUGCCUCAGCCGCUACAUCGGUGACUCCAAGAUCCUGCGCUGGGAGGGCACCCGCUUCUCCGAGGUGCAGGCCCUGCCCUCCCGGGGCUCGCUGGCCCUGCAGCCCUUCCUCGUGGGUGGCCGCCGCUACCUGGCGCUGGGCAGCGACUUCUCCUUCACCCAGAUCUACCAGUGGGACGAGGGGAGACAGAAGUUUGUGCGGUUCCAGGAGCUGGCCGUGCAGGCCCCUCGGGCCUUCUGCUAUGUGCCCGCUGGGGACGCCCAGCUGCUCCUGGCCCCCAGCUUCAAGGGACAGACGCUGGUGUACCGACACGUGGUGGUGGACCUCAGUGCCUAGGGGCGUGCCGAGGCCUCUGGGCUCCUGGGGGGGAGGCUCUGAAGGUUGGGUGGGGGCCUCCAUGAGCAGCAGAUGUGCCCGUGUGAAGACACGUGGCCAGCCUACACCCGUGCCCUCGCAUACGCACAUCCCGUGGGCACAACGCACCCCAUGCACCGGCCCGGAGAGACAUUUAUCAUCUCUGCAGUCAGCAUGAGCACCUGUAUACGCACCAGGCACACCCAGGACCCCUGUCGCCCAGUGUCCCUCACCCCACCUGCACCCCCCCUCGCUCUGCUUCCCUGCCUCGUGCAUAUCGGUGGUGCCACUGGGGUGCUGGGGAGGGGACCCGCCUGUCCUCAGGCCUUCUGACUCUCUGGUCUCUCUUGUCGGUGCUCCGGGUGUUUGCUUACCUGCCCGUGUUCCUCACUGCGGUCCGUGGCUGCUCACCCCUGCCUGCCCCGUCUGCAGUUCCAUG